AUGACCAAGUACUUCGAGAGAUCCAACACUGCAAAGCACCUGGUGAUGAUUGAAUUGAUAAUCCCUUGGGAAACAAGGUGUGAAGAAGCCUAUGACAGGAAGAAAACCAUGUACUCUGAUCUCGUGGACCCAUGCAGACAACAAGGAUGGAGAACCUGGCUGUUCCCUGUUGAAAUAGGAGCAAGGGGGUUCCCAGCCAAUUCACUAUUGAAGAUGCUGGACAGCAUGGGGCUCAAUGGCCAUGACAGAAGGACUGCUGUGGCUCCACAUGUGUUCGACCAAGUUUUCACCGUGCGUGUGCCACUUGGAGAGACGUCGGGGACAGUAGCAUAUGCCUUGCUGCCAUCCAAGGACCAAACUUCGUAUGAGGAGUGCAUGACAGCUGUACUGGAUGCGUGUCUAACUAGGGACAUCCGUCCAACUCCGUCCAAGGUCGUGUGCGACUUCGAGGUGGCCAUCCAUAAUGCUGUUCGUCAGGUUAUGGCGAACGAUAUCCAGAUACAGGGCUGCUUCUACCACCUUACGCAGAGUACAUGGCGUCGUAUACAGGGGGACGGCCUGCAGGUCCUAUACAGAGAGGAUGAAGAAAUAAGACAGUUCUGCGGACGACUCGACGGUCUGGCGUUGCUGCCGACGGAUAAGGUGCUAGAAGGCAUGGCCAUCUUAAAGGACACGGCCCCUUCAACGUUUUUCUUCAACCGACUGCAUUAG